GAUCCGCUCCGAGGAUUUCAUCCUAUUCACGUUUGUCACAAACGAGGCCAUAUACUCCGUCGAGGCUCCUGAUCAACCAGACAUGUGUACGGUGAUCCGAUGGCUUCGGCCAUCCCGAUCUUUGUCAUCCGUGUCCGUUCAAGGACUCAAUACAUGUUGGGCUGAAGACGACAGCGAAGACAGUGGCAACUUUGUGCUCAUUUACGACGCCAAUCCUACUAGGCUCGACCCCGUUGCCUUGUCACGCAUUCGCUGCGUGCCUCGCGGUACUUCCAAGAGAUGGAUUCCGAAGAGCAGUGACAUGAAAUUCUGGGACUUAGACUUCGACGAAUGGUCAGGUCGGACCGUCAUCCAAUGGUGGCGCGACGACAAAGUUGGGCUGCGCUCGUACGUGACCGUCGUCUCGGACAUUCGUGAUAGUGGCCCGGGCCUGUAGCCUAGCACCGAACGAAGUUUUCACACUGAACAUCAGCGCGUGAUGCAAUGCGUUUCCUUUCCGCAUCCGAAGGAUAUCCGAUGCAUUGCCGUGGAAUGGUUGCGUCUGCACUCAAGGAACUGCAGCACAGAAGUUCAGCGCUCUCGUCGCAUGACUUAGUUCGGGUUUAUCACGGAAAGCCUCGGAACAUCGAGUACAACUUAUACAACGCAGCUCGUCCCCACAACCUCCGAGGGCUCAGCUUCCAGCACUUGCUCAGAUGAUCUACUCUUUGCUCCCCCUCAUCCUGGUAGCGCCGGCCGUCUGGGGCCAUGGACAACUGCGUAACUUCAUUGCAUCCUCAGGCACAUGGUCGGCGGCGGAUGCAUACACCACUGCUAACGCGUCCUCCCCCAUCCGACACGUCAAUACAUAUGGCCCCGUUCCGGAUUUCACCACAGCGGAUGUUACCUGUGGGCCAGGUGGGAACAUCCCGACCACAGUGCUUGCCCCCGUCAAAGCUGGCGAAACUGUUAUCUUUGAUUGGGGAAGCUGGACGUCGGAUCAUCCUGGACCUGUGAUGACCUAUAUUGCUGCGUGCACUGGCGGAUGCGCAAACUUCAAGGGUGACACAGGCAAUGUCUGGGUUAAAAUUGAUCAGGAUGUCUAUUAUCCCGAUCGGACAACACCUGGGCCUUGGGGUGAACACAUCCUUCACCUUACCCCGUCGUACUACCAAGUGACCAUUCCUGCUGGUCUGGCUGAUGGGGAAUACCUUCUACGACAUGAGAUCCUUGGGCUGCAUGUCGCUGGCACCUACAUGGGCGCACAAUUCUACCCGCAAUGCGUCCAGGUGACGGUGACGAAUGGUGGCAGCGUCACUCUGCCGCAAGGUGUUCCUCUCCCGGGCUCGUACAAUCCAAACGAUACCAGCGGUGUGCUCGUUCAGCUGUGGCAGAUUGAAGCCAACCCGUCACAGCUGUAUUACAUCGCGCCGGGCGGUCCAGUCGUCCUACCAGGCGGUACUGGCGACUGGGGUCGUGCCACAUACGCCGGAACUCCGCAGCCGCCUCUCGCAAGCUCUUCGGCUUCUGCGUCUUCGACUGUUGCGUCUACUACGUCGUUGGCUUCAAGCACAGUGAUAACUGUCGCUUCUCCGAGCAGCACAAGCACCGCUCCGGUGGCUAGUGGCUCUGCAAUCGCGAAAUAUGGACAAUGCGGUGGCCAAGGCUGGACGGGGUCGACGGUUUGCGCCGCAGGCUCGACUUGCACGACCCUGAACACCUACUAUUCCCAGUGUCUGUGAGUUAAGCUUCGAUGGAGGGAGGCUCAGGUCGGUGUUGCAGUACUUAUGACAGCGAGGAUCGCGCAUGCGAGUGGACGAGUGGAACGUGUAGUCAUAGGCUUGGCAUGUCUUCGUAGUGCCCGUUGCAUAAACCACUUUACAAAAGGCUUGACAACCUCGUUAUAUCCUCGUCGCGGAAGUCACCGCGAACCGCUGACACAAUGACAC